AUGUUUAAUUUUAAUAGAAAUAACAAUACUAGUAAUAAUGCUGGUAAUUCAUUUUCGACAACAUCAUCAUGGAUGAGUAAUAGUACAUCAUCAUCGUCAAAUGGUGUAGGAAGUGUAGGAGGUUUUACUUUUAAUACCAACAAGCCAAACACCAACACCACUACUGGAACUUCUUCUCUGGGAUUCGCAACAAAUUCCUUCUCUACUAAUAAUAAUACCAGUGGUGCUUCCACCAAUGGAUUUACUUUUAAUACUUCUGGUAAUAACAACACAAAUAAUACUAUGUUUCCUAAUAAUAAUAAUACAUUGGGAAGUGGUGCUUCUAUUGGUAACAGCAUGUUCUCUACUGUUGCUACUACUACUAAUAAUAAUAACAAUAAUAGCAUGUUCAAUACCAAUCCAUUCACCACCACUAAUAACAACACCAACAGCAUUACCACGAAUAAUAAUAACACUACAAUUCCUUCGUCAUCAUUUGCUGCCAAUAGUAAUCCGUUCACUUUUAAUUCUUCAGCAACAAGUGGUUUUCCAUCAUUCUCCAAUAAUAACAACAACAAUACUCUGAAUAACAACAAUGGUAAAUUAACAUCUUUCCCUUCCUUUGUACCAACACCUUUCACUACUACCUCUGGAGAAAAGGUUAAAUACUACAGCUUGACCAAGAUGGAUCACUACAAGAAUAAGUCAUUCGAGGAAUGUAGACACGAUUAUUUAAGUGCUCAAAAGAAUGGUACUCUUCCACAAACAACAUUAUCAACCUCCACAACAGCAACUACUGGAACUAAUUGGUUGAAUUCUAGUACCAACAAUACUACUACUGCCAAUAACACUAAUAAUUCCACAUGGUCAAUGCCAUCAAUUUCAACAAAUAAUUCUGUAAAUAAUUCCAACCCUGCAUUCAAUUUUGGAUUGAAUAGUUCUACCAAUAAUAACAGUAAUACACUUGGUAGUAAUAAUAGUCUCGGAAGUGGAUGGUUGUCAAAUAGCAAUAAUAAUAAUACCAGCUCAAUGUUUAAUAACAACACAAAUAACAAUACCACUGGUAAUAAUAUGUUUGCAAGUGGUAAUAAUUCAUUGAUGGGAAAUAACACUGCUACCAAUACUACAAACAAUAAUAGCAUGUUCUCUUCUGGUUUCAACCCAACAGCAACAAGUGGAACAUCCAAUUUUAAUUUUAGUAAUGGUACUAGUGGAACAGCAACUAAUAAUUCCACAUUCACUUUUCCUUCAACAGCCAAUUCCAACACAGCCCAACCAUCCAUGCUCAAUCUUGGCAAUUCUACAAAUAAUAAUAACAAUACUUCCAGCAUGUUCAAUCUUGCUACUUCUACUAAUAAUACUUCGAGUCAACCUUCUCAACCAUUCACUUGGAAUGUAUCAUCAAGCAAUUUGACAUCUAGCAAUCCUACAACAAACUUUAUGUCAUCUUCCUUCCAACCUUCAACAACCAGUGGAUCUAAUUUCAAUUUUACGAAUACAAUGACUGGAGCUAAUUCAAUUACUAACAAUAUGAUGUCAACAGCAACUGCUCCAAUUAAUACAGAUGCAACAUUACUUUCUGUAUUGAAUCAACCAUAUGGUGAAAAUUCUCUCUAUGAUGAAAAGUAUCAACCAUCAUGUGGUGUGUUCAAGUUGGAUACUGAGGAUGAAUCAACAAAAGAUGAUACCACCACAAAGGAAUCUACUUCAAACUUUGUUUCUAGACCAAGAUUGGGAAAGGUCAAAAGGUCAACUCUCGCAGAAAAACUCACACUCAUCAAUACUCAAGCACAAAUUGAGGAAAAGAAACAAACACAAGAAAAUUUAUUUGAUGAUCUUGCAUUUAGACACAAGAAUAGCUUGAAGGAGUUGACCAUCUUUCCAAACAAUGUCUUUAAGAAGUAUGAAAAGCCAAUUGAUCAUUCUGUUGAAGAUAGAGUCAUUGUUAAUGAAGAAAGAAUCAGUAAUACAAUUGUUGUCAAGACAACAUCACAUCAAUCGCAACAACGUAGAGCCUCUCCUCCAUCAAAUACUGAUCUCGUAAAGCCAAAACCAAUCAAGGGAAUGAUUUUCCAAGAUGCUGUAGAACUCCAUACAAAGAAGGAACAAGUAACAGUUCCAAAAUUCUUGCCAAAGCUUACCAAGGAAGGAUAUUACACAAUUCCUUCAAUGAAAGAAUUAAGCAUGAUGAGCACUGCUGAUUUGAAACAUUGCAGAAACUUUACUGUUGGAAGAUAUGGCUAUGGAGAAAUUCAAGUAUUGGGAAAUCUUGAUUUAACAAAGGGACUUGAUUUGGAUCGUAUUAUUUGUGAAAUUGAACAACAUCACGUUGACUUGUACAGUAAUCACUCACCAAAUGAAAAGCCACCUGUUGGAUCUGAAUUGAAUAGACCUUGCAUUAUUACUCUCUUCAAUGUUCAUCCAUCACAAAACAACAAGUCAACAUCAACACCACAUGAAAAGAUUACUCAAUUCCAAGCCAAACUUAAGAAGGCAAACCAAAAGACUGGAAGUGAAUUUAUCAAUUAUUCUAAUGGUGAAUGGAUUUUCAAGGUUAGCCAUUUCUAA